AUGGGCCAGGAGUUGGCCAGGAUAACUGGCCCUGUUCCACAGAGGAGCAGCGUUACAGACUACGCCCUAAACGCAGGGACCACCGCGGUGAACGCCCAGCGGCUGCUAAGAGCCCUGCAGCUUUCCAGGCCUGUUCUGUUGGAGGGGUCGCCAGGCGUGGGCAAGACCAGUCUAGUUGCUGCCCUGGCAAAGGCCUCGGGAAACUGUCUCGUUCGAAUCAACCUGUCUGAGCAAACGGUAGAACAAAAUAUUAUCCUUGUCAUUUCAUACUGUAUCUGCACAAAAAACAAGCGCGUCACCAACUGCGUGCAGACAGGAGGCACUUGCCAGUGCCAGUCCAUUGGAUCCGGUGUAACUGUGGAGUGCAACACCUUGACUUCAAAAUGCCUGUUGAUGAAAGCAGAAAUGUCAAGUUCAAAAUCAGGUCGUUUCAAUAAACCAAAAGACGCAUUUGAAGAUACCGAUGGCCUUUAUGAUCCCGAGUGUGAAAAUAAUGGCAUAUUCAAGGCAAAGCAGUGCAAUGGGACCUCCUGCUGGUGUGUGAAUACAGCUGGUGUUAGAAGAACUGACAAACAUGACACAAACUUGAAGUGCAACCAACUAGUCAGAACAACGUGGAUCAUCAUUGAAAUGAAACAUGCUGAGAGAAAAGCUCCUCUGAGCACAGAGUCUUUAAGGAAAGCCUUUGUGGAAACCAUUACCAGUCGUUACUUGUUGGAUGGACGCUAUAUAGGUGAUGUUGAGUAUGAAACCCCCUACAUUACUGUUAAUUUGAAGCAAAAUUCCUCAAGGAAAUUUCCUGGCGAUGUGGAUAUAGCUGAUGUGGCUUACUACUUUGAAAAGGAUGCAAAAGGUGACUCCAUCUUUCACAAUGACAGAUUGAACAUCAGUAUUGAUAACGAAGUGCUGAAUUUUGAGAAGACAGUGGUUUACUAUGUAGAUGAAAUAGCACCGGAGUUCUCCAUGAAGUCGCUGACUCCUGGUGUCAUUGCUGUCAUUGUAGUUGUAGUACUAGCAAUCGUUGCUGGAAUUGCUGUACUGGUCUGUUCAAGACGAAGAAAAGGGAAGUACGUCAAAGCAGAGGUAAAGGAAAUGAAUGAAAUGCAUAGAGGAUUAAAUGCCUAA